AUGCCCUCAGUGACAUGUGAGCAGAGUCUCCACUUCCUGAAACUACUUCUGGUUCCAUCGGGGAAGACCAUGGCAUUGAAAUGGAGUGGGAGACACUUCCAGACCAACUUCAAAACAACAACGUCUUUCUGUGUGCUAUCCGAGACUUUGCAGAUGCCCCUUGACGCUUACCUCACUUGGAAGAACUCAGCCAAAGGUUACUGCCAAUGUCCCCUGGGUAGACCGGCUUCCUGUGCCACUGAAUAUGACUUUACAAUAAACACUGUUGACAUCUUCACACUGGAGCAGUCUGCGCUAAUCUCAUGCUCAGCUAACAGUCGCUCACCAUCCAUUGCACUUGUUUUACAAGGCUACAUGGGUAAUGCACCUUACUCCCCAUCAUAUGCUGUUUCUCUCUGGACUCUUGAGCAUUAUCGUAUACUGCGUCUUCACAAGCCAUCCCUGAGCAUUGAGGCAUUUGCAAAGAUACCUUAUGUCAGGACUUACCGUACUGUUCUAUCAUCAACAUUCGACAUAUAUCUUACCAUCUUACGGGAAGUCGAGAAGCGCACCAAAGCUGCCCUUCAACACGACUUGCCUAACUGGUGGGUUUUGAAUGCUUGCCCUGCCUGUACCUAUAUGCUGGAAGAUGAACCCCCGCUGAAAUUCAACCGCAUGUAUGUUUUUGAUGGAGACAGUGACUACCUUCUUCCCCACACUAUUGUUGACACAUUCGCAGGCGAAGUUCAACCAAGAUCAUUGCUUCCUGACGUUACAACACCUACCGAAGACAAAACUCCUGACACUGAAGAUCAUCUUCCUGUAUUGAGUCAUGCCUCUGAUUCUAUUGCUGUUGACUGUAGCAAAAAUUGGAAGGUGGCUGCAUCUGAUGAAAAGAAGAGGAUGUGGAGUAUAUUUGAUGAGACAGGGAUUUUUGUCAGUGCAUGCUGUCAUGGCUUCAUCUUAUGGUAUGUGGAUAUGGUACGAAGUGGUGAGCUUGCCAAGUACCCUCUCGCCAUCAUCACUAAAGUUCUCGAGCUUCUUGGUGAAUGCUCACUCGGUGCCUAUGACAUUGGUUGUGGCUUCUCAUCCACAGUCAUGGCCAGUAGCCUGGGCCCCCUUUUCAAGAAGAUGGAUUGCUGUUUGUGUGUCGAUGCAUUCCACGGCUUUGCACAUAACUAUCGUUGUCAGACAAAGCACCAUCCACUUGGGAUUGAUGGUGCAGGUCUUGAAGACUUCGGAACUAUCGAAUGCAUAUUUUCUGCAUCAAACGCUCUCACCCCCAUCAUUCGAUAUGCAAGCACUUAUAACCAACAUGUGUUUCUUGACAUGUUCUUCAAACAAUGGAACGACGAGAAGUAUGUACACCUUGCUACAAUGAUCUACAACAACUACUGCCAAGCCUUUCAGGUCAUAUCAAAGGAAUCAGUAGCGUUAACGGAAGCUAUGACGUCACUGGGGAUCACCAAAGAAGACAUUACUUUGUGGCAUCAAGAAGAAGAACCGCCAUGGGAUGUUCAUGCCAUGGUGUCUCAAUGCUCUUCUGUGUCAUCGCGCUUCAUAUCAAGUGCUCCUAACUAUCAGUUUCAACCGCCAUCACAGGACUCAUAUGCCUUCAAAUUAUCUCAGACUCGCAAACUUGAAACACAACGGCACUAUGCCACUGAGAAGUUGGAUGCCAUUCAACUCGAAUUGGUUGUCAUGGAGGUUAAGAUGGUUAUGUGCACUCGAGAGUAUCAGUGUGCUUUGGACAAUCUUCAACGUCUUGUAAUCCAACAUUUGUUCGAGCUUCAGCACCUCAAUGUAGCGAAAACUGCCUAUAAGAUGCGCACCCAGAUAUCCAAGAAUCUUCAGACUUGUUGUUGCGCGAUUCAAAAUGCCGUCAAGAACCCCCCCUGCCCACCGCUUGAAUGGGCGAAGGUUUCGCACUAUCAAUUCCUUGAUGAGUUCACACUGUUGCGUGAGACUCGUCAGGAUAUCCACAACAAACCUUGGGCUAAACCGGUUAUUCGUGAGACUAUGCGCCAGCACUUGUGUAUCCAAUGGGCACAUGAAGAAGUUGUCCAUUGCAACAUGGAAAUACGCAGACUUCACACCGCUAUUGUAGACGAAGGCUGCCACUUCUCGAACAUUCUAAAGGACCUUGAAGAUGCGGCAUCUCCAUUGCUUGUCACAGUGCACGAUUUUUGUCAGAGGCAGCGUCUUGUCAAUGCCCAGGUUCUUAGACACAUUUUCCAGGUAUAUGCUCCUGAAGGGUUCACCGGAGUUGCUACCCAUGGCAUUAGAAAAGGUGCACCUGUGACCAAUGAUAUUGAGCAGGAUUUUCCUCAGUUGGAUGUUGAAGAAGAUGUAGUAGACGAAGAUGUUGAGGAUGAUUUUUUGGAGGAUGACACACGUGCAGACAUCAGAACUCUAGUAGAAUUUGUCUCAGACCUGCCACGUAGCCAGUUGUAG